CUGCUUACACGACUGUUUGUCGUUUAUCUACUCCUUAGUUAGUCUUUACUCCUUUACUCGCACUGAUUUGACAUUAUUUCUUGAAUGAAAGGUUGAGAUAUCGCUCGGCUAAUUAAUCGAGAUGAUUAAGUCCGCGCUGGGGUUGACGAAAUUUCUUGGAUUACGAGAAAGCGCGUUGGUCGAUGGCCGAUUAUCCUCAGCGUUUGCGCGUUUGAGUGUCAUAACCUCGAGGAAUGUUUGCACUACCCAGUUAUACAGCAAAGAGAUUCGAACGCAGAAUGAAAAAUUUAAGGUCGGCCAGAGCUCAAAAUAUGGAUUAGUUGAGGGAGAAACUAUGCCCGAGACAACCAACGUUAGUCAGCAGGAACAUCUAUUUCCUGAUAAAGAUACACCGAAUCGGCUCUUUAAUGGUGUACCAUAUAAGGAAUUGCAUAUUAUCAAUAUAAAAUCAACUCCUAACAAUACAAUUAUGACUUUUACAAAUUUUAACGGCAAAGUAUUAUCGCUGCAUACGGCAGGUAUAGAGGGUUAUAAGAAUGCUAAGAAAGGGACGAACAUUGCUGCUCAACAAGCAGCUAUGACUCUUGGCAAUCGCGUUCUUGAAUAUGGUGUGAACACAAUAAGAGUACGAGUACAAGGUAUUGGGGCUGGUAGAAUGUCUUCUAUAAAAGGUUUUCAAAUGACAGGAUUGAACAUUGUAUCAAUUACGGAUGAUACUAGAGUAAGUUGGAAUCCACAAAGGCCACGAAAACGAAGAAGAGUGUGAUUGUGUUAUAAUUUAUUACUAAUUGCAAUUUGGAUAUGAGUAUACGUUAAUACAUUCUGUUAAAAUCUUC